AUGGCCCCGGCUGCUGGUGCGGGUGUUGGUGGACUCGACGUGGCCGGCAGCGGCAGCAGCCCUUUCGCACCGGGCGGGCAGAUGCAGCCAAAUCCUCUGGGAUCUGUGGCAGGUACCCCAAACGGCUCUGCGCUCCAACCUGACAGCCGGCAACCUUUGAGUCUGGCAAACCCUGGAGAUGAUGCAUCAAGCGCCCCUGAGCACGUGGGACAUGUCGGUGGCGGAGGGGGCAGGCGGAUGAGACCGCCCGAUUUCAGGAGCAUGCUGCAAGGCGACGACGGACCCACCAGCGGCGCGUCUGCGAAUGUGAUGAUGCCUUCCAGCAGCCCCGCCCAGGCUGUGGGUGCAGGUGUCUCCGGUGUCAAUGGAGUUGAGAUUGCCUCUAGCGCCACCAGCGUUCCUCCGCCAGCACAGGGAUUUCUGGCUGGUCCGACUAGUGCCUUGGGGCAAGACAGUAGCUUGCCGGCCAAUCCGAUGAACCCUGCCGUCGGUGCGGCCAACGUUCCCGGCCCUGCGUUGGGAGGGAAUUUGGGUGGCGGAGGUCUAGGUGGAGGCAGGCGGAUGAGACCACCCGAUUUCAGGAGCAUUCUACAAGGCGACGAACCCGCUGGUGUGCCUGCAAAUGUGGCGAUGCCUUCCAUGGCCCCGGCUGCUGGUGCGGGUGUUGGUGGACUCGACGUGGCCGGCAGCGGCAGCAGCCCUUUCGCACCGGGCGGGCAGAUGCAGCCAAAUCCUCUGGGAUCUGUGGCAGGUAUCCCAAACGGCUCUGCGCUCCAACCUGACAGCCGGCAACCUUUGAGUCUGGCAAACCCUGGAGAUGAUGCAUCAAGCGCCCCUGAGCACGUGGGACAUGUCGGUGGCGGAGGGGGCAGGCGGAUGAGACCGCCCGAUUUCAGGAGCAUGCUGCAAGGCGACGACGGGCCCACCAGCGCAGGCAUCCCAAAGAGCGCUGUGAGUCCGGACGGUGCAGGUCAGGGGCCCCUUGACGGAAGGUGGAACCCUUCGGCUGCCAAUGGCGUCUCGCAGGACAACGCUGUGUUCGGGAACGCGGGGAAUGCUUUGCACAUGGGACCGACUGCAGGGCUCAAGAUGCAGGAUGAUCCUGGCAGCGCUCCGAAGCCAUCGGUAGCCAGCGACCCCUUCGGAUUGGAUGAUCUCUCCGGCGGCUACGUGCCCAGCGCCCCCUCAGCGCCCCGAAGGCGACGUCCCCGCGCCGGCCAGCUCUGA